UUUUGUUUUUGUUUUUUUGGUCUUUAAUUGAUUUGUUGUUGUUGUUGUAAUUUAAUUUGAUUGUUUUUCUAUUCUCUUGUUUUAAUUUAUCUCUUUGUUUAAUUUAAUUAAUGUAAUGAAUUCUCGUGACUCUUUACUACCCAGUCCGGUUCCAAGUGCCACCGGUAAAUCUAAGGCUCGAUUUAAAUGGGAACCUGCAACUAUGAGCGCUUUGAAAAAGUGUCAAAAAUUUUUAACACGAUUAACUCGAGUUAAUCAUAUGGACUUUGAAUUUGCUUUAUGGCAGAUGAUUUACCUGUUUAUCUCACCUUCAAAGGUUUAUCGAUCAGUUUAUUAUCGUAAACAAACAAAGAAUCAAUAUUCUCGUGAUGAUCCUGCUUUUGUGGUCCUAUUAUCCUUUUGGUUUAUCAUCAGUGCUACUGGUUUAAGUUUAGUUUUACAAUUACCUUUCAUUGCUUUUAUUAAAUUUCUAUUCUGGGUUGUAUUGGUUGAUUGUAUUGGAAUCGGAUUAAUUGUUGCCACCGUAUUUUGGUUCGUCGCUAAUAAAUAUCUACGUAAACCAAAUUUACCAAAAGAAGACGUUGAAUGGGGUUAUGCAUUCGAUGUCCAUCUAAAUGCUUUCUUUCCACCCUUGAUAAUUAUCCAUGUAUUCCAAUUGUUCUUCUUCAAUGUUCUUAUUAAUAGUGAUUGGUUUUUCGCUCGAUUAUUUGGAAAUACUCUUUGGUACAUCUCUGCAAUCUAUUAUACCUACAUAACUUUUCUUGGUUUCAGUUCUCUACCCAAUCUUCAUCGAACCAAGUAUAUUUUAUAUCCAUUGGUACCUUUACUGUUUUUCUACAUUUUAACUCUAAUUUCUGGUGUAAAUAUUUGCAGGGUAAUCAUGGAUUUCUAUAAAUACAGAGUAUAUUAAUUAUCUCCACCACGAAACAAUUAUUUUCUCAACCUCAAUUUUUCCUCCUUUUCUGCAUCACCAGCAAACAAGAACAAUAUUCAUUCUGUAUUUAUCGAUUUACACACAUUCACAAAUAUAAAUAUUUAUACAUAUAUAUUUAAAUAAUAUAUUAAUGUAAAUGGCGAAGAAGAAGAAGAAAAAAAAACAAAUUAAAACUUUCAUAUUUAUUGCGAUCAAAUUUAA